UUUGCUUACCGUCUCGAAUUUCACCUUCCACCAUGCGUCGUAUUGUGUAUCACGAUUCUCGUCACCAGCGACAGUACGUCAGUCAUGUUUCCCAGUGGUAUUCCGUCCGCUCCAGCUAUACUAACAAGAGUUCUUCGUUAUCCCGUUGUUCCCAGUUGCUACUUGUCUCGUGCCCGAGAUGUCUACAACAUUAUCGCGCAAAACUUCAGAAAUACUUUUUCAUCCCCGGCAUUUUGCUUCGCCAAUGCAAAAAUGUUUUUGCGAUAGGAAAAUGACGUUGCCUUUUAAUCUGUAAGAUGCCGAUGUGUACACCGAAUGCGGUAUCCAUAUUUUCCAAAGUUUUUUUCAUACUCCUCGUAAUGUUCGACUGCAAUGUCUUCCUCCCAAUCUGUGCUGCCAGUGUUAAGAAUGUCACCUUAGUGUCCGUGCACGUCGGCGCCAAUCCGUUGUAUGGCUACUAUUUGGCCCGGCCGGCGUAUGAAGUUGCUGUGCGCCACAUCAGACGGAAAUAUCCGUUAACGUUGGGGAAUCUACAGUACCGCUCCGUGUAUCAAGCCGGCUACGAUCUUUGCGGCGAUGGCGGCGACCAUGUGGUGGAAACGUUCGCAAAAUAUUAUUACGACCAUCCGGAAAUUUUUCAGAAUGAGGGAAUGUAUCCCGUUUUAGCCAGUCCAGAGUGCUCAUCCCAAGCGCUGCAAUUAGCGGACCUUGCUCGCGAACAUGACUUGCCGUUCUUUACAAGCGUCGCCGCUGACCUGCGAUUAACAAACAAGGCUCGGUACUCUACAAACGCUGCUACAGCUUCUCUGGCUGGACCUGACGUGGGUGAUGCAAUCGCGGCACUCCUUAAGCGAUAUUCCUGGCGGACGAUUACGCUAAUCUGUGAUUCAUUAUCUCGUCACGUUGGAUUGUCGAAUUUUUUUACUAUCCAGUGUAGCGAUGCCAAAAAACUAAUGAAGGCGGAAAGUUUUCCUGGUUAUGUUCGAGAUAUUGAUUCUUCUGUUGGUCAAGACUAUGUUGAAAUGCUGCAGAAUUACAGAUACCGUAGCCGAGUGUUUGUUCUUCUGACGCUGCCGGUAUACGUUCGACGCAUCAUGAUAACUGCCAGUGCAUUAAAUAUGACUUCCGGGGAAUUUGCUUUCAUCACAAUUCAGCCCACGGAACGGCCAGGAAUUGUCGCGGUUACGUGGAACCAGAAAGAUGAUGAGAAAAAUAACUCGGUCGCGUUCCAAGCGUACAGAAGCCUGAUAGUUCUCAGUGGACAGAAUCCAAACUGGACCGAAAUUAAAUCCCUGACGGACGAACUCGUCGAUGAAAGCCAGCGACGGUUUAAUAUGACGAUUCUUUUCGGCAAUGAGAGGAACGAACAAAUAACAUCGGUGUACGAAUCAACAAUGAUGUUUGCUCAAAUUUUUAACGAAUCGUAUCCAGAAGUGUUCACUAUGCCAAAAAGUGCCUUCAUCAAAACAUACUUCAAUCGAGAAUUCAACUUUGCUGGCCGCACAUACGCUACGGAUAAGAACGGAGGGAUGGUUGAUUUUAUUCUUGUCAGCCGCUUGAAUGUCAACACGACCAAUAUGGAGAUAGCCAUGGUUUACAACGCCACGUCAAAAAGUUUCGUGAGUAUUGUACCGGAAUUAUGGAAGUGGGUGGAUCGCGAUGCUCCGCCUCCGGACAAGCCGUUAUGCGGCUUCAAGGGAGAUGAGUGCGACAACUCCGAUGAAGACUUUAAAAUAAAAAUCGGAGCAUCGGUUGCGGCGGUUUGCACUGUCUUGCUGGUGGGCUCAUUAUACGCUUAUUGUCGUACCAAACGACGCCAAGCGCUUUACGAUCCGUGGUGGAUCCUGGACGCCGACAGGCUAAGCUUCGACACGUCGACAGACGUAUCAGCAGUAUUGAUUACCAAAACGAAAAGAGUCGUGGAGAUGCAGCUUGGAAGAGUGGCUAAGUAUAAUGCAAAAGAGGUGUAUGCACUAAAUAUUUCGAACGGCAUGGGAACGGACCUCAUUCAACACAUUGCAAAACGAGGAGAUCUUUUAACGAGUUUGUACCAGCUGCACAGCCUUCAACACAGCAACGUAGCCCGAUUUAUCGGCAUUGUUAGACACACCGCGGAAUAUUUUCUGAUUGCUGAACACGGUCCUAAAGCAACUCUGCGUCAGUUAAUUGAAAGAGAAAGCAUGCCAAUUGACAAAGAACUCAGGCUAUCGUUAUUGUGGGAUUUAGUGGAAGGCUUGGACUACCUACAUCAAAGUUCUGCCGGAUUACACGGGAACCUGACCAGUCUGUGUUGCAUUCUGGAUGCCAGAUACGGACUGAAAAUUGCUCAAGCGAAAUAUAAUAAAAUCCUACAUUUACUUCAAGUGCCGCAAAACGCUGAACUGGAAUCUGUGAUAGCAUUAUGGAAAUCUCCGGAUUUAUUAUUAAAUAAAGCCGUUACUGGGACAAUCGACAAGAAUACCAUAACCAAGGAAAGCGAUAUAUAUUCCAUGGGAAUUAUAUUUUACGAAAUUUAUACACGAUCCUUGCCGUAUGGAGCUGCCGUAACUUCCGUCGACUCCGUCGAAGAAGCUGUUGCAAAAAUGAUAGCCAAAGGUGGACCAUCGAUUUUUGCCGUUCCAGAUAAGGUCAUGCCAGAACGGCUACAAACGUUGCUGCGGGUAUGCGUGGAUAUUCCCAACAAACGACCUACCAUCCAAGCGUUUCGCAAACAGUUCCGCUCCAUACGUAACCGGCCGUCAGCAUAUCUGCUGCAUAUUAUGAAAAAGCUUGAAAAGCAUGCUGAAGAACUGGAAGAUAUGGUGGCCGAAAGAAACAGGGAGCUGGAAACGGAAAUGCACAAAGCUGAUACAUUACUGCGCGAAAUGCUCCCAGCAUCCAUCGUACGACGCCUGCGUAAUAAGCAAACCAUUGCUCCGGAAUUAUUCGAAAGCACUACCAUAAUGUUCAGUGAUAUACCUGUCUUCCAGCACACCGUGGUGACCUUUCCUCCGUUAGCCAUUAUCACUUUCCUUAACACGGUGUACUCGCACUUCGACCAUCUGAUUGAUGCCUUUGAUGUGUAUAAGGUCGAGACCAUUAGUGACUCUUACGUGAUGGUUAGCGGCCUUCCGGUUCCCAAUGGAGCCGAUCAUGGGCGGGAAAUUUGUAAGCUCGCUAUCGCUUUAGUUAAGGCAUCUCGGCGGCUACACGUCGGUCUCCCGGAAACGAGCGUCCAGCUUAGGAUCGGGAUUAAUACAGGACCAGUUGUUGCCGCCGUGAUCGGCAAACGAAUGCCGAGAUACUGCUUGUUUGGAGAUACGAUGAACACUGCCAGUCGUAUGGAGAGCAAUGGACAAGAGGGAAAAAUUCAUAUUAGCAUGGGAACUAAAAUGAUGAUUGAAGAUCUCGCUACUUUUGCCACGGAACCAAGGGAGCCAAUUCACAUUAAGGGAAAAGGAGUAAUGCAUACAUUCUGGUUGGUCGAGAAGAAUUUCGUAUAAUUGGCGACAAGAUUCCGCACAAAAUCCGCAGAAACCGAUGAAUUAAACUAAAACUAACUAUAAGUUUUUGUGAUGAUCGUGACCGCUUCCCGUAUGAUUCGACACACCUACUUAUCAAAUUUUCAUAUUUUUUGUGAUAUUCUCUUGAAAUUAAAGGAACUAAGGAAUGUGCAGUUUGUGUAAUGCAUCGGUCCAUGUCAUAAUUCCGUAAUCUUUACGCCUUGGCAGACCCGUUUUUAAGGGGGGGUUUGCCCCCCCCCCCUUCGGGAGCGAAAACUCUUGAAAAAAGUGCGCCGGGAGCUGGCGCAUGGCGCGAAAACUGGCGCAGAAGCGAAAAAAUGGGACUGGCGCAGGGGGGUGCACCGAAAUUUUCGAAGAAAAUCGUAGAAAAGUGGCUCAAAAAAGCCACUUUUCUAGAUUUUCCUCAAAUUUUCGGCCAUUUUCCAACUGGCGCGGCUGGCGCGAAGCCAUGCGCCACCCCCUUCAAACAAGCUAAAGA